GCGUGCGGCCACCGCUCGGCCGCCCACUGCGCCGCGAGGCGGGCGCGCGGAGUGAAAAUGGCGAAGUGGGGCUAGCCGGCGCCGACCCUGACGCGAUGGGGCGCGCAGGUGGGCCGGGCGGCGGCGGAGCCCCCUGACGAGGGCCGGCGGGCGGUCUGCGCUGCGCGGCGGUUGGACCUGGCGACCUCGCGCCGGCGGCUGAGAAGUCGGACCACGGACUCCGGGGCUCGCCGAGGGCCCCCUCGAGAGCCGGAGGCGAUGGAUGAACUGAGCGUGGAGAGCAUUGCUGAGGUUUUCCGAUGUUUCAUUUGUAUGGAGAAAUUGCGGGAUGCACGUCUGUGUCCGCAUUGCUCCAAGCUUUGUUGUUUCAGCUGUAUCAGGCGCUGGUUGACGGAGCAAAGAGCUCAAUGUCCUCAUUGCCGAGCUCCACUCCAGCUACGAGAACUAGUAAACUGUCGUUGGGCAGAAGAAGUAACACAGCAACUUGACACUCUUCAACUUUGCAGUCUUACCAAACAUGAAGAAAAUGAAAAGGACAAAUGUGAAAAUCACCAUGAAAAACUUAGUGUAUUUUGCUGGACUUGUAAGAAGUGUAUCUGUCAUCAGUGUGCACUAUGGGGAGGAAUGCAUGGCGGACAUACCUUUAAACCUUUGGCAGAAAUUUAUGAGCAGCAUGUUACUAAAGUGAAUGAAGAGGUAGCUAAGCUUCGUCGGCGUCUUAUGGAACUGAUCAGCUUAGUUCAAGAAGUGGAAAGAAAUGUAGAAGCUGUAAGAAAUGCAAAGGAUGAGCGUGUUCGAGAAAUUAGGAAUGCGGUGGAGAUGAUGAUUGCUCGAUUGGAUACGCAGCUGAAAAAUAAGCUUAUAACACUGAUGGGUCAGAAAACAUCUCUAACACAAGAAACAGAACUCUUGGAAUCAUUACUUCAGGAAGUAGAGCACCAGUUGCGGUCUUGUAGUAAGAGUGAAUUAAUUUCUAAAAGCUCAGAGAUCCUCAUGAUGUUUCAGCAAGUUCACCGAAAACCCAUGGCAUCGUUUGUUACUACUCCUGUUCCACCAGACUUUACAAGUGAAUUAGUACCAUCUUAUGAUUCAGCUACCUUUGUUUUAGAGAAUUUCAGCACUUUGCGCCAGAGAGCAGAUCCUGUUUACAGCCCACCUCUUCAAGUUUCAGGGCUUUGUUGGAGGUUAAAAGUUUACCCAGAUGGAAAUGGAGUUGUUCGUGGUUACUACUUAUCUGUAUUUCUGGAACUCUCAGCUGGCUUGCCCGAAACUUCUAAAUAUGAAUAUCGUGUAGAGAUGGUCCAUCAAUCCUGUAAUGAUCCUACCAAAAAUAUCAUUCGGGAAUUUGCUUCUGACUUUGAAGUUGGAGAAUGCUGGGGUUAUAAUAGAUUUUUCCGUUUGGACUUACUUGCAAAUGAAGGAUACUUGAAUCGACAGAAUGACACAGUGAUCUUAAGGUUUCAGGUACGUUCACCAACUUUUUUUCAAAAAUGCCGGGACCAGCAUUGGUAUAUUACUCAGUUAGAAGCUGCACAGACUAGUUAUAUCCAACAAAUAAACAACCUAAAAGAGAGACUGACUAUAGAGUUGUCUCGAACGCAGAAAUCAAGAGAUUUAUCACCACCAGAUAAUCAUCUCAGCCCCCAAAAUGAUGAGGUACCUGAGACACGAUCAAAGAAACCUGGGUCGUGCACUGACAUGCUUCUUCAGGAUGCUUCUACUGCAGCUUCUGUAAGCGAAGCCAAGGAUGAUGAAGAAGAUGAGGAGAAAAUUCAGAAUGAAGAUUAUCAUCAUGAGCUUUCAGAUGGAGAUCUAGAUCUCGAUCUUGUUGGUGAAGAUGAAGUCAAUCACCUUGAUGGCAGCAGUUCCUCUGCCAGUUCCACAGCAACAAGUAACACAGAAGAAAAUGACAUUGAUGAGGAAACUAUGUCUGGAGAAAAUGAUGUGGAAUACAACAGCAUGGAAUUGGAAGAGGGAGAACUUAUGGAAGAUGCUGCUGCUGCUGGACCUCCAGGUAGUAACCAUGGCUAUGUAGGUGCUAGUGGCAGAAUGUCAAGAAGAGCACAUUUAUGUUCUACUGCUACCAGUAGUUUACUAGACAUUGAUCCUUUAAUUUUAAUGCAUUUAUUGGACCUUAAGGACUGGAGCGGUAUGGAGAAUUUGUGGGGUUUACCACCUCGCCCACCUACUUCACUUUUGCAACCUCCAGCAUCAUAUUCUCGUAAAGAUAAAGACCAAAGGAAACAGCAGGCAAUGUGGCGAGUUCCCUCUGAUUUAAAGAUGCUGAAAAGACUCAAAACUCAAAUGGCUGAAGUUCGGUGUAUGAAAACUGAUGUAAGGAAUACACUUUCAGAGAUAAAAAACACUAGUACUGCUUCAGGAGAUAUGCAGGCUAGUCUGUUUUCUUCUGACCAGCCGGCUCUGGCUGCAUGUGGCACUGAAAACUCUGGCAGAAUACAGGAUUUAGGAAUGGAACUCUUGGCAAAGUCAUCAGUCAACAGUUGUUACAUACGAAACUCCUCAAAUAAGAAGAGUAAUUCUCCCAAGCCAAUUCGAUCCAGUCUGGCAGGUAGUCUGUCACUUAGAAGAGCAGUAGACUCUGGGGAAAACAGCCGUUCAAAGGGAGACUGUCAGACUCUGUCUGAAGGCUCCCCAGGAGGCUCUCAGCCUGGGAGCAGGCAUAGUUCUCCCAGAGCUCUGACACAUGGCAGUGUCACUGACAUUCUGCCUAAAUCUGAAGACCGGCAGUGUCAAGCUUUGGAUUCAGAUGCUGUUGUGGUUGCAGUUUUCAAUGGCUUGCCUACUGUCGAGAAAAGGAGAAAGAUGAUCACCUUGGGAUUGUUUUCUCCCUCUUUGAGGACUAACGCUAAAGGAAGUCAUCCAGAAGGAAUGCAAAUGACUGAUUUGGAAAAUAAUUCUGAAACUGGAGAAUUGCAGCCGGUACUACCUGAAGGAGCUGCGGCUGCCCCUGAGGAAGGAAUGAGCAGCGACAGUGAUAUCGAAUGUGAUACUGAAAAUGAAGAGCAGGAAGAGCACACCAGCGGAUUCAGUGACGCGUUCAUAGCACAGCCCCCAGAUGAAGAUAUACAUUCCAAUUUUCCUGAUGGUGAACAAAUAGGCCCUGAAGAUCUCAGCUUUAAUGCUGAUGAAAACAAUGGAAGGAAAGGGCUGGAGCGAUAGCACAGCGGUUGGGCAUUCGCCUUCACACAGCCGACCCGAGUUUGAUUCCUCCGCCCCUCUUGGAGAACCCGGCAAGCUACCGAGAGUAUCGAGCCCGCGCGGCAGAGCCUGGCAAGCUACCCGUGCCUAUUGGAUAUGCCAAAAACAGUAACAAUAAGUCUCUCAAUGAGAGACAUUACUGGUGCCCGCUCAAACAAAUCGAUGAACAACGGGAUGACAGUGACAGUGACAGUCCUAGGAAACAAGCAGCUCUCUCAGAAACCAUGUUCCUAUUUACUUUAAAGAUACACAUUGAUAGCUAUAGCACCAGCUCCACAAUUCUCAUUUGAGCCUUUUCUGUUAUGUCAUAUGUCUUUCUCUAGUGAGAGAAAUCUGACAUUUUUCUCCGGUUUUUGGCUUGCAGCUGGCAGUGCUCAGGAGAUACUUUGGUGAUUAUUCUGGCAUUGCUGGUGGACCAGGUGAUGCCAGGGAUUGAACCUGGGCUUUCAUUAUGCCAAACUUUUGCUCCAACCCUUUGAGCUCUCUCCACCCAGUCUGACUCCUCUUAGCUGUGAUAUAGUAACUUUCUUACUCAGCCCUGAUAUUCAAGCCAAAUACUUUCAGAAGUGUGGAUUCUUGUGAGAAACAAAUUUACCAACUAUAGUACAGUGCUUGUGUACAGGGUUUCUGAUUUUAGCCACUUAGUGUGUCACAUCAACAUUCUUUUCCAAAAUUAUUUAGCUCCUAAGAUUCAGUUACAUUAAUUCCUUUCUUUCCUAUUCCCUUCAGUGUGCUUAUGUGAUUCAUUUCUAAUAGUUCGACCCAUCUGUUAUAGUCUGCAUUCUUUCCUCCUACACACAUUCUGUUGGUUUUUUUUCCCCUCAUUUACAUACAUUAAGAUUCAGGUGCCAGAGCAAUACCAUCAGUAGGGUGUUUGCCUUACAUGCAGCCGACCCAGGUUCAAUCCCUGCCAUUCCCUAUGGUCCCCCAAACACCACAAGGAGUAAUUCCUGAGUGCAGAGCCAGGAGUAACCCCUGAGCACCACCAGGUGUGGCACCAAACAAAAAACAGUAACAAUAGCAAUUCAUUCUUGGUGUUAAGGGAUUUCUGUGGGCUUUGACAGGUGCCACCAUACUACCAUUCAAAAUAAUUCAGUCAUACCCCCAAAUUCCCUGUGUGGCCCCUUUAUAUGUGAAUCUCCCUGAGGUCCGUUUUUAUUCUUCCAAUAGUGCCUGUAGGUAAAUACAUACUGUGGAGCCUUUACUUGUAAAACUUGUUCCAUCCAUCUUCUGUGAAUCAGUAUUUCAUUCUUUUUUUAUUACUGAAUACUGUUUCAUUCUACAAAUACAUUACAGAUAUUUACCAAUCCAAAAAUGUUUGAUGAAGGGUCUAGAGAUACAGUCCAGUGGUCAUGGUGUUUGCCUUGCACACAGCUGACCCGGGUUCAAUACCCAGCACCUCUUAUGUUCCCCUGAGCACUGCCAAGAGGGGUUCUUGAGCACUGGUUUUGGACCCUCCACCACCACCAAAAGAAAACACUAUUUGGUGGACUGGAGAGAUACAGCUUAAUGGCUAAGGGCAUUAGAAAGCAUGCAAGAGAGAGACCCGUGUUCAAUUCCUGUACCCCAUAGUCCCCGAGCAUAUCAAGAGCAUCCUUGAGCACAGAGCUGGGAAUAGCACCUAAAUAUACUGCUACAAUGUGGCCAAAAAAUCGAAACCAAACUAAAAAAAAAACCAAACAAGAAAACCUAGGUAGUUUCUAAUUUAGGGUGUAGAGGGCAAUGCCAGGGAUCAGGUCUAGAGCUUUAUAUAGGCAUAGCAUGUGAUUUAUCACUGAGCCACAUCACUGGCUUAUUAGAAGGUGAUUAUGAACUUCAUAGACUCUGUGUGUGUGUGCGUGCACAUUUCCUUUCUCUGAGGUGUAUAUAGGCCUUGGGAUGAGAUUUCUGAGUGUACAACAAAGAAUUUGACUGGCCUUUGUUCUUAUCUCCUGGGAUAUAGCUUCGAAGUCAUUGGAAUUUUCAGAGUGAUAGUUUUGUGUUUUUUUUUUUUUUAUGGUGGGUCCUGGCUGACACUAAUGCCAUGACUCCGACAGAGAUUGUUCAUUUAGAGACUAAUGUCUGGUUAGAGGGUUUGGGUCUCUGAGUCAGAUAGAUGACUUAACAGCUUAGCCUCAUUGCAAGAAUAUCAGUAAUAAUGAAACCCCAAUAAAAGCUCUAGACCCUGGAGCUCAGAUGCGCUUCACUGGUUUAUAUUACUCUGUAUUGUCAUCAGUUGGAAUUUUGGGAGAAUAACGCCCUGACCACAGAAGAAUCUUCACAUUGGGACGAUCUUGUGUGUUGUAUCUCCUUAUGCCUUUUUUGUUGUUGUUGUUGUUUUCUGUAAGAAAACUAGUAAAUCUCCCAUUGUUCUGUGAUGUUUUUAAGCAGAUUAUUGAACUGGGAGGGGGUGCUGACCUAGUGGGCACUUCCAAUUUUAACCAGCUGAUGAGAAAUGAGAGUGGUCUUAUAGCUUCUGUAAAACUUUGCCUCCAGAUGAAAUUCUGAUUAUCUCCAGGUAUUAUCAGAAUUCAUUGUAUCCCACAAACACUUGGCAUGUCAGUUAUUUUGAAUUUUAGCCUUUCUUAGUAGUUUAUAGUGGUACUCAUUUGGCUAAUAAUUGGCUGAGAAUUUUGCAACUGAUUUGGGCUACAUCAUGUGGUGUUCAGGAAUCACUCCUUACAGGGCUCAGGGGACUAUGUAUUUGUUUCUAAGCAUGGGACCCUGUUUGGGUGUGUGCAGGGCAAACACUCUACUUUCUCUACUGUGUCUCUGGCCCCUUAAUGAUUAUAUUAAUGAAUAUGUUGAUCUGUAGUUAUAUUGUUUGUACUUUUUGUAGUUUGACAUCAGGUUAAUGUAAUGUCUUAUUAAUUAAUAUUCUCUUGUGAAAAAUGUAUUCUACUGAUAAUGUCAAAGUUGGGUAUGGUGCUUGGUGUUCUGAGCUUUGUCUGUGGUAUUGAUUGAUAAUUUUUGGGAAACUGUUAGAUAUUAUCUCUUUCCCUAUUAUCUCUUCUGGAAUGCCAAUUAUAUCUAUAGCAUGUAUGUUUUGUUAGGUCUGUUUUGCUUUUGCUUUAUCCUUUACUUUUUGUGUUGUAAUUUUUAUUGAAUACAGUGUAUAUUUUAUUGACUACAGUGUGUAUAUAUACAUAUAUACACACACACAUAUAUAUAUAUAUAUUUAUGUGUGCCAGAGAUUGAACCGAGGAUUUCAUAUAUGCAAGGUAGACUCCAUCACUGAGCUAUAUCCCUAAUCUUUCCUCCCCACUGUGAUACUUAGAAUUGAACCCAGAUUUCACACAUGAAAGGCAAGAGGCAAGUGAUCUACCACUGAGCUGCAUCCUUAGUCCUAAACAUCCCCAGCUUGAACUUGUUUUUGUUUAUUCUCUCUUCAUACUGUAGAAUGUGUUUACCGAACCAAAGAUACUCAUCCCUCUCUACUGUAAUUUUAAGUUUCCAUCUCUUUGUUGAAAUCACCCAUGUGAUCUUGCAUACUGGCCACCAUUUCCCUAAUUUACUAGCCAUGUUAAUAUUAAACAGUUUCAGUUUUU